AUGACCCUGUCGUGCGACCAGACGUUUGAUAGUCGGGUGGCGAGGAAUGGCACGUUCACGUCGCCUAACUAUCCCGACCCAUACCCGGCUAAUGUCCACUGCUCUUAUCAUUUCAACGGCCAGGGCAAGGAAAGAGUGCAAAUCUUGUUCACCGACUUUGAUCUCUACCGGCCCGACGACACCAGUCGAGAG